ACGUGCCGGCCAGCGAGCGACGUGUACACAAGCAACCACACCGACACCACAGACUCCAUUGCAGCCAUGGCCGUUGCCCAGCAGCCUCUCCUGGGCCCGCAGUUCUUCGAAGAGGCAGAAGAGCAAGACGGCAUACGCUUCUCCUGGAAUGCCUUCCCCAGUACACGUGUAGAGGCUUCACGCACCGUCGUCCCUAUUGGUGCCAUCUACACGCCGCUCUUCAACAAAGCAGAGCCUACAGCUCUCGAGUAUGAGCCUGUUGCAUGCAAAUCACCCUGCCGGGCAGUGCUCAACCCAUUUUGUCAGGUGGAUAUGCGCGGCAAGCUCUGGAUCUGUCCAUUUUGUCUGACGCGCAACAACCUUCCGCCUGGAUACCAGCAAAUCACGCCGCAAUCGUUGCCGCCAGAGUUGAUGCCAGCAUUCAGUACGGUGGAGUAUACCCUUGCACGACCGGCUCAAGUGCCACCCAUUUUCUUGUUUGUUGUGGAUUUGUGCCAGGAAGAGGACAACCUGCUUGCCCUGCGCGAUGCCGUCCAGACAUCCCUCUCUCUUAUCCCAGAGACAUCGCUUGUUGGUCUCAUCACCUAUGGUACCAUGACGCAAAUCCACGAAAUUGGCUAUGCCGAAUGCAGCAAAUCGUACGUGUUUCGCGGCAACAAGGAGUACAGCGCCAAGCAAGUCUCGGAGAUGCUCUCGCUCGGUGGUCGUGCACCCACCUCCACGGCUCAGCCUCAAGGUGCGCGUCAAGGACCUCCACCAGCGUCCAUGUCUGCUGCAGCACGAUUCUUGUUGCCAGUCUCGCAGUGUGAGUUGCAAUUCAGCAAUAUCCUCGAUCAGCUACAGCGUGACCCAUGGCCCGUUGCCAAUGAUAAGCGUCCACAGCGAUGCACAGGUGUAGCCUUGUCGGUGGCUGUGGGCAUUAUGGAGAAUAGUUUUGCACAGGCAGGUGGACGCAUCAUGCUCUUUGCCGCUGGUCCAGCAACAGAAGGUCCCGGUAUGGUCAUUUCUACAGAACUCAAGGAACCCAUUCGCUCGCACCAUGACAUUGACCGUGACAACAUCAAGUACUAUAAGCGGGCAUCCAAAUUCUACGAGGCGCUCGCCAAACGAGCAGCCACGAACGGGCACAUCAUUGACAUCUUUGCAGGGUGUUUGGAUCAAAUCGGUAUGCUCGAGAUGAAGUCCCUUGCGAAUGCGACAGGCGGCCACAUGAUUCUGUCAGAUGCAUUCAACUCGACCAUCUUCAAGCAGUCUUUCCAACGGGUCUUUAACCAAAACGAGGAUGGCUCUUUGGAGAUGGCCUUCAAUGCUUCUCUUGAAGUCAUGACAACCAAGGAACUCAAAAUAUCCGGCCUGGUGGGUCAUGCCAUUUCCAACAACAAAAAGUCCAGCUUUGUUGGCGAGACUGAAAUUGGUAUUGGUGGAACGAGCAGCUGGAAGUUGUGUGGCCUCACGCCAAAGACUGCUGUUGGCUGUUACUUUGAAGUGGUGGCUGCACCAGGACAAGCUGGUCAAGGACAGGCGCUUGUGCAAUUUGUCACGCAAUAUCAACACUCCUCUGGCCUCAUGAAGUUGCGCGUCACAACUGUGCAACGACCCUUGGUUGAUGGCAGCUCGCCCAUGAUUGCGCAAGGAUUUGAUCAAGAAGCUUCAGCUGUCAUCAUGGCUCGCAUUGCAGUCUACAAAGCAGAAGUAGACGACGGACCAGACGUUCUUCGAUGGACAGACAGGAUGCUUAUUCGGUUGUGUCAAAAGUUUGCCGACUACCGCAAGGACGACCCAAACUCUUUCAGGCUUGCACAAAACUUUAGCCUCUACCCACAAUUCAUGUUCCAUUUGCGUCGGUCGCAAUUCUUACAAGUCUUCAACAACUCGCCAGAUGAGACGGCCUUCUACCGGCAUGUCCUCAACCACGAAGAUGUCAACAAUUCGUUGAUUAUGAUUCAGCCGACGCUGUCCUCGUUUGCUAUUGACGAAGCGGAAGCACAGCCAGUACUACUUGACUCUGUGAGCAUCAAGCCCGAUGUCAUCUUGUUGCUCGACACCUUCUUCCACGUUCUCAUCUGGCACGGCGAGCAAAUUGCUGCUUGGCGGAAAGCUGGGUACCACAAGCAAGAGGACUAUGCCAAUUUCGCCGAGCUCCUCAAUGCGCCCAGUCACGAGAUUAGCGAGCUCUUGAGCGACCGUUUCCCGAUUCCGCGCUACAUUGUCUGUGAUCAAGGUGGCAGUCAAGCGCGGUUCCUCCUAAGUCGAAUCAACCCUUCCACCACGCAUUCAGGCGGCGGCUAUGGUGGUGCGCCGAAUGCACAGGCUGUGUUUACGGAUGAUGUGUCGUUGCAGACGUUCAUGGAGCAUCUCAAGAAACUUGCCGUGUCUCAGUCCUCGUAGUUGCAUAGACUAGCUCUCUGUCGCCAAGUCUUCUGUUCCUGAAUAUUUCCUCGUCGGCGCAAAACUGACGC